UUUUUAAUCCAUUUACGGUCGGGCAAGGGUUGAUGGUUAACCGGGUCGGGGAGUCGAGCUCCGGUGGAUGCAGAGAGGGUAACGGAGAGAAGGAGAAAAGAUGGAUUUGGAGGGGACGCCGGCGCUCCAUGGAUGCCGAAUGCCCGCCGAGUGGGAACCUCACUCCCAAACCUGGAUGGGUUGGCCUGAACGCCCAGAUAAUUGGCGAGAUAAUGCAGAACACGCUCAACGCGUAUUUGCCAAGGUUGCAUCCGCAAUCUCGAAAUUUGAGUAUGUAACUGUCUGUGCUAGUGCUUCCCAGUGGGCGAAUGCUCGCAGUCAAUUGCCACAAAAUGUCAGGGUUAUUGAGAUGAGUAUGAACGAUUCUUGGUUCCGUGAUACUGGACCAACUUUUGUUGUAAGAGACAGCAACGCAUGUUUGGGCAACAAUGAGUGGAAGGUUGCUGCAGUUGAUUGGAAUUUCAAUAGCUGGGGAGGCAUCGAGGAUGGUUGUUACAAUGAUUGGAGUCUUGAUCUUCUUGUGGCCAGGAAGAUUUUGGAAAUUGAGAGAAUCCCUAGGUUUCCUCAUUCUGUGAUUCUUGAAGGUGGAAGCAUUCAUGUAGACGGAGAAGGGACUUGUCUUACUACUGAGGAGUGCCUCUUGAACAAAAACAGGAACCCCCAUUUGACUAAAGAACAAAUUGAGGAUCAACUUAAAGCAUAUCUUGGAGUAAAGAAGAUUAUUUGGUUGCCUCGUGGAUUAUAUGGAGAUGAUGAUACCAAUGGUCAUAUUGACAACAUGUGCUGUUUUGUAAAGCCUGGUGUGGUUUUAUUGUCCUGGACUGAGGAUGAAUCGGAUUCACAAUAUGAGCGAUCCGUGGAAGCCUUUUCUGUUCUCUACAAUGCUACAGAUGCUAAAGGCAGAAAACUAGAAAUAAUUAAACUCCACGUACCUGGACCACUGUAUAUGACAGAGGAGGAGGCAGCGGGAGUAGUUCAGGAUGGGGAGGCUAAACCAAGACUUCCAGGAACAAGGCUUGCAGCUUCAUAUGUGAACUUCUAUAUUGCCAAUAAAGCUAUCAUCACGCCCCAAUUUGGGGACCAAAAGUGGGAUGAUGAAGCUGUUCGCGUCCUGUCAUUGGCUUUCCCAGCUCAUGAAGUGGUAAGGAUUGAAGGCGCAAGGGAGAUUGUUCUGGGUGGAGGAAAUAUACAUUGCAUCACACAGCAGCAACCAGCCCUUUUAUAAACACUGUAUAACAUCUUUCUCUGUAUGUUAGCAUUGGCUAGGUCUGCAGAGAAUGCAAAUGAAAAGAGAAUUUUCUCAAGCUGUUUCUUCAACUGGAGAUUGUUAAUCGUAAUUUUGGACCUUCAACUGGUCUAGAAGGUUGUACUUAUGUAGUACGAGAUCCUGAGAAUUAAAAUGACCAAGAGUUUUCAUAACAAAGGGCUUUCUGACCUCAAUGCAUGAGGGGCAGCCCCAAUUUGUGACGGUGAAGAAAGAGUCAUCUUUAUAUGUAAUUUUACUCUUAUUUUAUAAAGAGAUUGUCUUUGUAACCAGGACUUGAUUGUUAACAUGCAGUGAAAAUGUGUGGCUUGAGAGGCUGGCAUUAAUUUC